AUGGAUGACUACGAUGAGAUACCAGGUGACAGAACUGUGACCAUAGAGGGAAGAGAAGAAGAGGAUGGUGAUAAUGAAGAAGAUAUUAUGCAAAACACGAAAAUUGGGUUGAAUUACAAGCAUCACACACAAAUCAACUCAUUCUUUACAAACGCAGUGCUGCUUUCGUCGAACUUUUCUAACCUUCUAAUCGCAGGGCACACUCAUAUUGCUGAAAACAACUAUGAACCUGCUGUUUUUCUUUUUCUUCCUGGGAGCUUGUUUCUUAGGGCUAACAAAUGCUACAACGUGCUCGCCAGCAGAAAUGCAACGCUUCUGGGUAUGUAUGAAGAAGUGCAAAGAUGACAAAUUGAUAUGCCGAAAAAGGUGUCACGUGGGGUGUCGUGGUCUCAAAAGAAUGCGUUCUGUAUGAAACGAGCACUUUUCCUCAUUGCCUGUUUCUUCUUGUGAUAAGAUGAAAUGAAGCAUUGUGCAGCGUGUUUGCAGGGAAAUU